AUGACCGCAACCCUGAUUGACGGCACAAGCAUAGCCGCGGAAGUGCGCGCAGAAGUCGGGCGCAGUCGUCACGGAGAUGCGCUCCAAGCAUGGCAUCGCCCCCGGACUCGCUGUCGUGCUCAUCGGCGACGACCCCGCAUCCGCUGUGUAUGUGCGCAUGAAGGAGCGCGCCGCAAUCGAGGCCGGGCAUGGUCUCCGAGACAAUCACUGCUGCCCGCCGACACAUCGCAGGACGAUGCGCUCGCGGUAGUGCGCCGCCUCAACAAUGACGCCCGCUAUCACGGCAUCCUGGUGCAGUUGCCACUGCCCGACCACAUCAGCGAGGACACCGUCAUCCAGUCCAUCAAUCCGAACAAGGACGUUGACGGGCUGCACCCCUUCAACAUGGGGCUGUUGAUGGCAGGCAGGCCGCGCUUCAUACCCGCGACUCCUUCGGGCAUCCAGCAGAUGCUUUUGCGAACCGGCAACGACCCGUCAGGCAAGCACGUCGUCGUGUGCGGGCGCAGCAACAUCGUGGGCAAGCCCAUAAUGAACCUGCUAAUGCAGCGCAGAGACGGCGCAAACGCCACCGUAACCGUCUGCCACACACGCACACGCGACCUUGCUGAAAUGACGCGACAGGCGGACAUACUCAUCGCCGCAGUCGGCAGCCCACAGAUGAUUACCGCCGACAUGGUGAGCGAGGGCGUGGUAGUCAUAGAUGUCGGCGUGAACCGCGUGGACGCGCCUCUCGUCGGCGAUGUUGACUUCGACGCAGUGUCGGAGAAGGCAGCAGCCAUCACUACCCGUGCCCGGCGGCGUGGGACCCAUGACCAUUGCAAUGCUCUUGCAGAACACGCUCAACGCCGCGCGCCACUCGAUCCACCCCGAACUGCAAUGACGCCUCAAACGCGCAGCGACGCCCUGCGAACUUCCGACUACGACUACGAAUUGCCGGAACCGCUGAUUGCCCAGACACCGAUAGAAACCGCGCGACCAUUCCCGCCUCAUGUCUCUGUGCCGCGCAGACGGCAGCAUACGACAUCACCGCUUCUACGACUUGCCGGAGUACUUCGCCCCGGCGACGUGAUGGUCUUCAACGACAGCCGCGUCAUGCCCGCCCGACUGCGAGGCAACGCGCAGUACCGCGGCGGCGCAAUCGAGUUGCUGCUGCUAUCGCGCAUAUCGCCCGGCGUUUGGCGCGCCAUAGGACGCCCGGACGGUUUCUGCGCCCGGUGCCGCAUUCGAGAUUACGGGCAAAGGCGGUUCGAUAGCGGCGAGGUGCUGGAGAUCGAACCUGAAGGCGAGCGCAUUAUCCGCCUCGACGGGGAGGAACGCCUGCACGAUGUCGGAGAAGUCCCACUGCCGCCGUACAUCACCGAGACGCUUGCAGACUCCGAGCGCUACCAGACCGUCUAUGCCCGCGAGGAAGGCAGCGCCGCGGCUCCCACCGCAGGUCUGCACUUCACCGAUGAACUGCUCGAACGGGUGCGAGCGAUGGGCGUGCAGACAAUCUUCGUAACGCUGCAUGUCGGCUGGGGCACAUUCCGCCCUGUCAAGACCGACGACCCCACCGAGCACACCAUGCACUCCGAAUACUGGGAGCUUUCAUCCGAAGCCGCCGACGCCAUUCGCAGCGCGAAAGCAGAUGGUCGCCGCGUCAUUUCCGUUGGCACGACCGCCGUGCGCCUGCUGGAAAACGCCGCAUCACUCUCGGCGGACAAUCUUCCGCAAGCGGGUUCCGGAUGGGCGGACAUAUUCAUCACUCCGGGCUACCGCUUCAAGGUCGUUGACGCACUGAUAACCAACUUCCACCUGCCGCGCUCCACGUUGCUGAUGCUCGUAAGCGCACUUGCCGAUCGCGGCACUAUAAUGCGCGCCUACACCGAGGCAGUAGAGCAGAGAUACCGCUUCUAUAGCUUCGGCGACGCCAUGUUCAUCCACUGA